AAAGUCUCUCAAGAAUCCCGCCUCUCAGUAGAUUGACAACAUCAUGCCAGGCGCAUGCAAAACACUUCAGAAAUUUUGAAUAAACAACACUGGUUCUUUCCACACAAAUCGGUCCGUCUCAGUUUGUAUAACAGCUUGUACACACAUUUCAAAAAUGUUCCGAUCUCUUUCACGUCCCCUUUCGGGAUUUACUGCACAUUAUCAAAACCGUCGAAGCCUUUCAUAUAUAUCAUUUCAUUCUUUAUUUCCCACAACAUCAUACCGAUUUCAGGUACAACGUGAGUCGAAACUCUUUGACAAGAGAUUGGAACAGGACGAUUGGGAAUGGGAGGAUGGUGUGGAAAUUGCAAAUGACGGGUUGGUUCAUCCAAAGAUAAGUCUGGAUGGUAUUUCUUUCAAUAUUUUCUGGGUGAUGCUACUCAUGACCAUCACAGUUUCAAAUGGGGCGCUAUUCAUGCCAAACACCCAUUUCAUGCAAGAAGUAACUCGACGAUCAUUUGACAAUUAUCUAGAUGCUGUCGAUAAUGGACAGCUCCCAGCUAGCCCUCAUUAUCUACGCGUUUUGAAAGGGACUACAAUAUCAAACUAUUUAACCCUUUACCGCGAGCAAGAUUCACGGUUCACUCUUCAACCCUCCUACCCGAUGACACUAGUGGCUCUCAACGAUACUCUUACGGAGUUUUAUACCAAGUCCUGCACUUCGAUAGCCCCAGAAGAAUGGUUAGAAUCUUAUCCAUAUAAUGAAGCGUUUUUUGAUAACUCUGAGGACUGGAUGGCUCGGUGACCUUUCAAAAUUUAUGUGAAAUAAGUACGCUGCUGUGACGGGACGUUUGACAACUUGGAGGAUGUGUUCUCCUUGUUGGGAGUACAAGAAGUGGAACAGGUCAGGUAACUGGAAGGGAGCAGACAAAAAAGGAUAUUCGCGGUGGUUUUAGAUGACCUUGCAGUGGAACCCUGAAGAGCGGCCAACGUCUUUAGGAGUAUUAUACAAUGAGUGGCUGAUGAAGGGGUAGAGUAAAUGUCAGAUUUAGAUCAUUGAGUUGCAAGGAACAGCUGAACACGAAGCAUUUACAAAGCGACAGAGUUGCAUAAUGACGAGGCUGGUUGCAAUAGAAGAUUGGGUUGAUGGAUAUGAUGAUCUGCAAGACAGAUGCUUGAAUGCGACUUCGUUCCAAAACACAUCUAUCUAACUAAGUCGGACAUGAGCAAGC